AUGGAUGAAGUUAUUUAUUGGGUGGCAUGGUUCACUCUACUGGGAUUUUUUAACCUCCAUACGCAACUUUGUAAAGAUCGGUUUGAAUAUCUUUCUUUCUCUCCAGCCACAGCCCACUGGGUCCACAUAAAACUUCUCUCCUUGCUUUGUGUCAUUCUUUUAUCUUGCAUGGCUCUUUUGGUUGUCUCUGGGAUUGUUGCAAUGCAGGCUGGCCUUACUAUCUUUGCAUUUAUGGCAGCAGAAUGCCUGAUCUUGGGAAUAAAAAUAUUGCAUGUGAUGACACGUUAUGCUAUUCAUCUUUGGGAUCUGAAUAUGGAUGGUAUCUGGGAAAAACGUUCACUUUAUGUUUAUUAUUCUGAGCUGCUAUUCCAGUUGUCUGCUCUUAUUGUAGAAUUUGCUCAUCAUUUACACAUGUUGCUGUAUGGUAACAUUUUCCUAAGCAUGGCAAGUUUGGUGAUCUUCAUGCAAUUGCGUUAUUUGUUCCAUGAAUUCCAAAGAAGAGUUAAGCGACAUAAGAACUAUAUUAGAGUUGUACGAAAUAUGGAAGCCAGAUUUCCAAUGGCAACUGCCAGUGACCUUGAAAAUUGCCAUGAUGAUUGUGCAAUUUGUUGGGAGAAAAUGGAAAAUGCACGAAAGCUCCCAUGUGGACAUUUUUUCCAUCAUUCUUGUUUAAGAUCCUGGCUUGAACAAGAUACAUCCUGUCCAACAUGUCGAACUAUGUUAAAUGAGAGACCAAGUGGGGAUGCUAAUGGCAACCUUCCUGAAGCUGAAGGAACCCCAGAUAACAUGCCUUCACCUGGAGCUGCUAAUCAACAGACAACAAACCAUUUCUUCCAUUUUGAUGGCUCUAGGUAUGUUAGUUGGCUGCCUAGUUUCUCUGUCGAGGUUACUCAUACACAAUUGUUACCUGGAAGACAACCAGCUGUGCAGACAUCUUUACUAGACAGCAUGCAAUCUCUUUCUGUUGGUGCUACUUCAACAUCCAUGAGCCCAGCUCCAUUGGUUGGUGAUACUACCAGAGAGCUAACAACACAUCAGCCAACAGUCACAGCUGCUACAGCUGCUGCACUCCAAAUGAUGACCCAGGCAAUGGCUGCUGGGAUAGCAGGCACAAGCACAGCAGAUUACACAUCUACUUCUCAAAUAAAUUCUUCUGGUGAUUCACCUAGUCCUGGAGCUGAUCUUUCCUCCUCUUCCCCUUCUCAAAGGAACCACAGCAUACCGCUGUUCCAAAACCAAGCAGAAUCUUCAACCACUGAGUCAAAUUCUCUCACUUUCAACCAUCCAAGCAGGAAUUAUGAUUAUCCUGCCAUUACCAGCACAGGUGGACGCUUUUCUAAAUCAGCUUCUGAAAGAGAAAUGAUGUUGCAACAGAGAAAAAACACCAUGAUGGAAAAUGCACGAAGGCGUUUUUUGUACAUCCAAAGAGAUGCUAAUGCUAGCAAUUCAGCAGACACCAAUUCAAGGAAUCUUGAUUUGAUGGACAGUGAUAAUCAACGAAUGAGUUCAGAUCGCAACUCAACCCACAUGAGAGAGUUGGCAUAUCAAGCUGCACGACUUUCAUUCUUUGUUGUUUUUCUCUUUAUUUGUUCUCUUCCCCCACCCCUUUCUCUUUGA